ACGUGACCCACGAAGUCACGUGGCGCCCGGGACAACAUGGCUGCGCCCGCGCUGGGGUCGGCCGGUGGGCGCCGCGCCGCGCUCGCGCUGGUGGUCCUGCUGCCGAUGCUCGCGCUGCCGGGCGGGGCGGCGGCGGGCGCGGAGGUCGGGACGGGCUCGUGCGGCUGCGGCGCCCCCCAGCGGCCCGGGGUCCCCGGCAGCGCGGCGGCCGCGCACCGCUACUCCCGGGAGGCGAACGCGCCGGGCCCGGGUGCUGCCCCGCGGCCUCCCGCGCCUGCCAAGAUGGUCUCCAUCCCCGCCGGCGUGUUCACGAUGGGCACGGAUGACCCUCAGAUCAAGCAGGACGGGGAGGCGCCCGCCCGGAGAGUCACCGUGGAUGCCUUCUACAUGGACGCCUAUGAAGUCAGCAACGCCGACUUCGAGAGGUUCGUGAACGCCACCGGCUACCUGACCGAGGCUGAGAAGUUCGGCGACUCCUUCGUCUUCGAAGGCCUGCUGAGCGAGCAGGUGAAGGCCGGCAUCCAGCAGGCGGUGGCGGCUGCUCCCUGGUGGUUACCUGUGAAAGGCGCCAGCUGGCGACACCCAGAGGGGCCCGACUCGACUGUCCUGCACAGACUUCCUUCCCUUCGACCCUCUGCACCCUUAGAAAAUAUAACGACUUGGACUCCAGAGUGGGGCUGGGGCAGCCAGCUGCUGCUCUUCAGCAGACACAGGGAGAGCAGGCCGGACCACCCGGUCCUGCACGUCUCCUGGAACGACGCGGUCGCCUACUGCACGUGGGCCGGGAAGCGCCUGCCCACGGAGGCCGAGUGGGAGUACAGCUGCCGCGGGGGCCUGCACGACAGACUCUUCCCCUGGGGCAACAAACUGCAGCCGCGGGGCCAGCACUACGCCAACCUCUGGCAGGGCGAGUUCCCUGUGACCAACACCGGCGAGGACGGCUUCCGCGGCACUGCGCCCGUCGAUGCCUUUCCUCCCAACGGCUACGGCUUGUACAACAUCGUGGGGAACGCGUGGGAGUGGACGGCGGACUGGUGGGCCGUGCGCCAUUCUGCCGAGGAGGCGCUCAACCCAAAGGGCCCCCCCUCCGGGAAGGACCGGGUGAAGAAAGGCGGCUCCUACAUGUGCCAUAAGUCCUACAGCUACAGGUCCCUGUGCUCCCCUCUCUCCUCCCUGCAGUCCUAUUGCUACAGGUACCGCUGUGCGGCCCGAAGCCAGAACACCCCCGACAGCUCCGCCUCCAACCUGGGAUUCCGCUGCGCCGCCGACCGCCUGCCCAUCACCAGCUGAGCCCAAGCAGAGCCGCCCCAGCCCAGGAGAAGGCGUGUCCCACCCACGCUCAGCCUCCCUGGGCAGGACGGGCCACCCGUGUACAGACACCCGGGGCGGGGCGGACCCGCCAUCUGCCAAAGGAACCACUUGUGAGACCAAAUCACUGACCUGCACCAGCACGUGACCGUCGUGCUGCGAUCGGGACCAUUGCCAUGUUUCCCUUUGGGGGACUUUUAAAGAGGAGGGGGUGGAGGGAGCCCGGAGCGAGGCUUCGGGGGGCUGUGCUCUCCCAGGCGCUGUCUGGGGUUAGACCCCAGGUCCACGGUGACCGUCGGCCAGGGAGGGGGAGCUGGGGCCUCUGCGGCUCCCGGUUCUACAUGUCAGAGUGUGUAGUGAUUGCACAGGGGCGUCUAUGGCAGGGCAUUUCUCAGCUGUUCCCCACGGGUGACCUUGCGUAAUUCUAAUCAUGUACAGUCAGUCUCUUCGGGUUCUUCUGGGGAAGGUGGGCGUGGCCCCGAGUCUUACAGUCACUUGCACUUUGUUUUUUAAGGACAAGGGUGUCGUUCACGCUGUUACGAUGACUCCCAUGCGCUGUGACCGUGGGCUUAAGGUCAGCUUUCUGAACACACGGGAAGUCCGUGGGUGACUCUCCUGAGCUUUAUCUUUAACGUUAAGUGCCUUUGGUUCAGGGGGGCAGUCACAGCCCCAGCCCCCCUCCCCAAAGCCUUCUGUGGGUGUGGGUGUGGGUGUGUGCCAAACGAAGAAGCCUGCUGAACUCAGGCGCAGGAGCGGCGGCGCGAGAGUGGGGGCUGCGUUCCGGGCCCCGAGUGUGUAAGGGAAGCAGGCCCUCUGGCUGUGGGGUCGAUGCCUGAACUCGCGCCACGUGGAAUAAACUGUCUGCCGAGUCCGCCUUCAUG